UUAUUAUCAAUCUAAGAGUAAAAUACGAGUGAUCAGAAUAUUUGGUUAAAUGGAGUUUCUGUCAUCAAUGGUUUCCUUCUUGCUUCUGAUACAGGUUUUUAAUCUGAUAAUUCCAGCUGCAAGUUUGUCUGGCAAUGAAACUGAUUUGCUUGCGCUCCUGGAUUUCAAGAAUCAGAUUUCUGAUGAUCCAAAUGGAAUCCUGAAGUCAUGGAAUGCUUCUAAACAUCACUGCCAAUGGUUUGGAGUGACCUGUGGCCAAAAUCAGAGAGUUAUUGGCUUGAAUCUAUUUGGACAGAGCUUGGUCGGAUCAAUAUCUCCUCAUGUAGGAAAUCUCACCUUCAUGAACUUCAUUAACCUCAGAAACAACAGAUUUUUUGGUGAAAUUCCCAAAGAAGUUGGUCGCCUGUUUCAGCUAACAUAUCUCAAUCUCACAAAUAAUUCACUCGGAGGAGAAAUACCGGUCACUCUCAGCAACUGCUCACAGCUGAAGACGAUAGAUAUUUUAAGGAACAGACUAGUGGGCAAUAUUCCAUUUGAACUUGGCUCUCUGAAGAAGCUCAAGAGCCUUUUCCUUGGUAGAAACAAUUUGACUGGAGAAAUUCCAAAAUCAAUUGGGAACCUUACGUCCCUGACUCAAAUCUAUUUGUCAUACAACAAUUUGGAGGGACAUUUACCAGAGGAGUUGGGGCAAUUAACAAGCUUAUAUUCGAUAGGCAUCGAUGUAAAUUUCCUUUCAGGUACCAUCCCUGCCUCUCUUUACAAUGUCUCUUCUGUUGCUGGCAUAUCACUUUCAUCAAAUUCACUUGAGGGGCAGAUUCCGGAUAACAUGGGGCUUACACUACCAAACAUUCAGGAGUUCUUGAUUGGUGGAAACCAAUUCAAGGGGACUAUUCCAGUUUCCCUUGCCAAUGCUUCUCUGCUUGCCAAACUUGACCUUGUUAGCAACAAAUUCAGAGGACAAGUACCAACUAAUCUUGGAAAGCUACCAAAUCUUUAUUGGCUAAAUUUUGCUGGUAAUUUUCUAGGCAGCAAUUCUACUGGGGACAUGGAUUUCAUUGCAUCUCUAUCCAACUGCAGUAACCUACAAUCUCUUUUAUUUAGUCAAAAUAAUUUUGGUGGCACUUUGCCUGAUUCCAUUGGAAAUCUCUCUCAUAAUCUCCAGCAAAUAGAUCUUGCAUUGAAUCAAAUUUCAGGGGAAAUUCCAACAGGGCUUGGAAAUCUGGCUAACUUAUACUUGUUAGGCAUGGAUCACAACCUCUUUUUAGGUUCUGUACCAAGUUUUCUUGGUAAGUUUCGCAUGUUGCAGAAGUUGUUCCUAAAUAACAAUCAGCUCUCGAGCCAGAUACCGCCUUCCCUUUUCAACAUGACCUCUCUGUAUGGUCUGUAUUUAUCUGAAAACAGAUUGGAAGGCAAUCUGCCAUCACUUAUAGGAAAUUCUCAAUCCUUACGAGAAAUGAUCCUUUCAAAGAAUAACCUGAAUGGCAGCAUACCUUUAGAGACAUUCAGUUUCUUGUCCUCAUUAACAUUACUCAACUUGACACACAACCUUUUUUCGGGGUCUCUUCCUUCUGAAAUUGGGAAAUUAACGAAUAUCUAUUUUUUGGACAUUUCCUAUAACCAAUUUUCUGGAGAAAUCCCAGAAACAAUAGCUGACUGUACAAGCCUAGAGUACAUUUACAUGCAAGGUAAUUCUUUCCAAGGAGAAAUCCCACAAAGUCUGGCUUCUGUAAAAGGCAUUCGAGUUUUGGAUCUUGCACAAAACAACUUAACGGGGCAAAUACCUAAAGAUCUAGAUAUGCUUCCCUUUGUCCAACUGAUGAACUUGUCUUUUAAUGCCCUUGAAGGUGAGGUACCGACGGUAGGAUUUUUUGCCAAUGCAAGCUCAUUAUCAUUGACAGGAAAUAGUAAACUUUGUGGUGGCAUACCUGAACUGAAGCUGCCAUUAUGCCCUGAAGAAAUAAAGAAGAGAAGAAAGCCUCUUGCACCAGGAUUUAUUGUUUUGAUUGUUGUCUUCAGCUUCCUUGUUGUAGCAUCAGCCACUUUUUGCCUAAUAUAUGUCAGAAGAAAAAGAAGAACAUCCUUCGUUGAAACAGAUAACUUUUCAGGGAUCUCUUAUCAUGAGCUUCAUGAAGCAACAAAAGGAUUUUCAACUGCAAACUUGAUAGGUUCCGGAAGCUUUGGAUCUGUAUAUAAAGGAAAACUACCAUUACAGGGAGAAAGGUCAGUUGCAGUUAAAGUCCUUGACCUGCAGAAGAAUGGAGCUUGCAAGAGCUUUUUGGCUGAGUGCAUAGCAUUAAGAAACAUUAGACACCGAAAUUUGGUUAAAGUCUUAACUUGCUGCUCCGGUUAUGAUUUUAAUGGAAGGGAAUUCAAAGCUCUAGUCUACGAGUUCAUGUCAAAAGGGGAUUUAGAUAUGUGGCUACAUCAGAGCUCAGAUGAGAUGAAUAAUUCCAACAGGGCUUUGAGUUUGCUUCAGAGGUUAAAUAUUGCAAUUGAUGUAGCUUUUGCUCUGGAUUAUCUUCACAACCAAUGUGAAAUUCCAGUUGUUCACUGUGACCUGAAGCCGUGUAAUGUCCUUCUUGAUGAUGAUUUAACUGCUCAUGUGGGAGAUUUUGGAUUGGCAAGACUUCUGUAUGAAAACACAAGCAAUCCUUCUCAACAGCCAACUAGUUCCAUUGGCAUCAAGGGAUCACUAGGCUAUGCAGCACCAGAAUAUGGGAUGGGAAGUCAAGCAUCAACCCUUGGUGAUGUAUACAGUUAUGGAAUCCUUUUGCUAGAGCUCUUGACAGGACGGAGACCAACCGAUCAACUUUUCAUAGACGGGCUUAAUCUCCAUGAAUAUGUUAAGCAAACAUUCCCACAAAUAUGGGAUAUUGUGGAUCCAGUUCUUUUUACCAAAGAAGAAGAAGAAGAAGGAGGAGGAGAUGCAGAAGAAGAUGAUCAACCUGAAAUUACAGAAAAUAACAAAAGCACAGCAAUAGAGAAAGAAGUUGAAGAAAAUACAAGAAGCCCGGAAAUAGAAGGUGAAAAGCUUAAAUGCCUUCGAUCAUUGUUUGCCAUUGGACUUUCAUGCUCUUCAAAAUUACCUAGAGAGCGAAUGGAUAUGAAAGAUGUUGUUAAAGAAUUAAUUAUCAUCAAGAAUGUUCUUGUACGGAACAAAAUAACAAGUUGAACUUGAUUAUAUGGCAUAAUUAAAGGUGUAUCAUACAGAAAUUUACU